AUGAAGGUGGUUGGCCAGGCGUGUCCGUCUCCAGAACCUCCGCAGGCUGAUAAUCAUCUGGAGAACCCAAAGUCCAAAGAAAACUUCAGGAAUUUCAAGGAGGGGGCGCUGAUUGACCGAGUGUACCACACUUACCUGCUGAUGCAUACCAACCAGACUGUGGAAUUUGUGCAGAAGAAGAACGAGCAAUAUGGUGGCUGCAACCUCCGUCAGAUGACCAUCAUGGAGGCCUUGGAGUUGCUGGACAAUGUGGUGGAUGAAUCGGACCCCGAUGUGGACUUCCCCAACUCCUACCAUGCCUACCAGACAGCAGAGGGCAUUCGGGAGAAACAUCCUGAGAAAGAUUGGUUCCACCUGGUUGGACUGCUCCAUGAUUUGGGGAAGAUUCUGGCCCUGUCUGGUGAACCACAGUGGUCUGUGGUGGGAGAUACUUUCCCGGUGGGCUGCCAGCUGCAGGAUUCCAUCGUUUUCAAGGACUCCACGUUCCAAGACAAUCCAGACACUAGGAAUCCUCUGUACACGAGCAAGUAUGGGAUGUAUCAGCCCCACUGUGGCUUGGAAAAUGUUCUGAUGUCCUGGGGUCACGAUGAGUACAUGUACCAAGUGAUGAAGAGAAAUAAAUUUGCUCUCCCGGAGGAGGCCUUCUACAUGGUGCGCUUCCACUCCUUCUACCCCUGGCACACCGGAGGGGAUUACAUGCACCUGUGCAACGCCAAGGAUCUCCAGAUGUUGCCCUGGGUGCAGGAAUUCAACAAGUUUGACCUCUACACCAAGUGUGAACAGCUUCCCGACCCACAGCAACUGAAGCCCUACUACGAAGGCUUGAUAGCCAAGUACUGUCCAGGCCAACUGUCCUGGUGAUGGCUGGAAUGUCAAUGGCAAUGGGCCAUCCUGCUCCAGCUUCUUCCUUGCAGCAGCUGCUCUCCAGAUGUUCUGGACCCUCUUACUUCCAUCACCCCCCUCCCAGGAAGGAGAGGAUGUGAAGGUCCAAGGGCUCCUGUGCUCCAAAUGAUGCUUGUUAUUUUAAUUGUUCAAUCCUUCUUAGCAACUUCUCUCCACUUUAUCCCGUCAAUUGCCUUUUCUCUCCAUUGUUGCAUGUUCAACUUUUGCAUCAGUUUCGAUGCUAUCAAGCCAGCAUAGUCUUUGCUCCCCCAAUUCUUCAUCCACUAAGUCAGCAGCCCCCCAAUCCUUUUGGGGACCAGUUCCGUGGUUUUUUUCCCCCUGGACCGGAGGGGGGAGGUGGUUUCAUCUCUGUUAGGCUGUUAGGAUCUGGAUGGGGGUAAACAAACUCGUGCUCAAUCCCGACAAGACUGAGUGGCUAUGGAUG